ACAAAUACUGGCGCUGGCAUAAUGUAACUGGCAACACCACCAAUGCCAGCUUAUAAAAAAGUUAUACACAAACAUGGUGGAUCAGCUGUUUUCAUAUUUCUCGGGCCGCAUUUUGUUUUUAUAAACCGCGUAUUGUUAUGGUGCCAUAGCCAUGUGUGAAUUAAAAUGGGCUCUAUCGCAUCGGUGCUGCAAUGGCAUUGUCAGACGUGCGGCCAGAUCAACCCAACCGAGAGUGUAAAGUGUUUAAAAUGUUCCACCAAACGGGUCUCAAGUCAUGACAGUGAAGAUUCCAAACGCUAUUAUACUAAAGAUUCGUCCUCAGAGCAUACGAUUGGAACAGAAAAAAGCGAAGGAACAACUCCAGGAUCGGAAGCCAUUGCUAUACCAUCGACCUCUAAUAUCAAUAGCGGAUGGUCGUGUGUUGGCUCCGCGCCGGGCCCAACGCGCGCUUGGCGCUGCGCGUGCGGCCUGCGCAACGUGUCCGCCGCGUGGCGCUGCGCGGCCUGCGACGCGCUCGCGCCCCACGCGCCCGUCUACAGGCUGUCUGAUGACGAGGAUCAAGCAUCGGGGAUGACGGAUAAAGAUAAAUCUGCCCAAGAUAACACUAUGAUAAGAUCCAACACCCUGGCAGUUCCGUCAUAUAAGCCUACGACCAACUACGACAGCCGCCGCUUGAAUCUCGACGUGCAAUCUCUCCGUCUCUCUCCCACCCAGCUGGCCGAUCAGACCCACGGAGUAACGCGCUCUCUUUCCCACGGCUCCGUCAUCAACUCGCAGCCCAAAUGGUGGAAGCUUGAUGAAACUAGAGGCACGAUCAAUCGCCCAACUAGUUUGAUGGUCUCCGAGCGAUACGGAUACACAUCCCAAACGAAUCCUAGAGAGAGUUUCUUAAGGAGUUUGCACACAGUCACUAGAAGACCGAAGAAGUGCGAAAGCAAAUCCAAUUGGGAAUUGAAUUACGUUAAAGAUUAUCAGAGAGAGCAGAGCAGAGCGCUACAUUUGAAAAAGUGGGCAUGCAGCAAGUGUACUUUAGAAAAUUCUGGAAUCAGAACCCAUUGUGAAGCCUGCCUAACGCCGAGAGUGUCUCCGUUAUCAAGAAUUUCUAAUACUAGGGGUCUAAGUGUGACUACGCUUGGGAGACAUGAGACAACGAAUCGGGAAGGGGCUACUUCGUUGCCUACCUCAGGUGGUGUGAUGAUCACAGUUCCCGAUUGGCCCCAAACUGGUGUUACGACUUUAGGCUCUUCAUUCCGAAGAUCAAUAAGCGCUCAGAACUCUCCGGAAAUUCGGCCUACGUACAGACGUUCGUUCUCAGAACAUACUACAGAUUCUCGCCCUAUAGGCAAGAUAAUCUCUAGUAGAAGAAGCUUGAACGACUACCAGAAAUCUUUAGCUAGUUAUUGCGGCAGCUUGCCUAAGAAACCUGAAGAAAAAUCGGAAAAGAAGGAAGAUAAUUCAGAGUUGAUAGACAAGGAAUGUAGUUGGGAUACCAACGCCGAAGGAGUAAUAUAUGCUUUACCUAAUAAAGGGAAAUAUAAAGACUUAAAUCUGCAGCUGCAAGUCAAUAAUAACGGGACUAGAUAUUCAUACGUCUCUGUACAAGAUACGAAGACAGUCAUGAGUAAUUCACAGAACGAAGCUUUGUAUUCAAAUGAUAUUGGUGAUGGCGAUUACGCGAGGAUAGACGAGUUGUUAGGUGCUGAGAAUUGUAUAUCGCCGGUCAGUGAAGCGAGUAAUAUACGAACUUCUCAUAUAGGGUCUCAGAGUGUGUUCAAUAUGCUGCCGUCGGUGGGGAAAGUGUCGCAGCCGAGAGAGAUGACCAAUGUGCCUUCGACUCAACCGUCGCCGCAGCAACCGCAGCCGCAGUCGCAGAACUCCCAAUCGGACCGCAUGUGGCAGUGUUCGUCGUGCUGGUUCGCGUACAACGCGUGGUGGGCGCGCUCGUGCGACGUGUGCCGCGCGCGGCGCGUGCCCGGCGCGCCCGUCACCGUGACCCGACACGACAGUAACAGUUCCAGGCCGCCAAACGCGAAUUCGAACCAGGAGCCGAGCGGUAGCAAGGCGGAGGCGAAUAGCAACGUACCGCCGACUAAAAAGCUUACUGUGCCUAUUGCCUCGUUGGAUCACGAUUUGAAUAGCGACGAGUUGCUGUUUGCUGUUGAGUCCCCGGCGGCGGCGGCGGCGGCGGCGGCGGCGGCGGCGGCGGGCUGGUCGUGCGGCCGCUGCACGUUGCUGAACGAUGCCGUCGCCACCGCGUGCGCGGCCUGCGCUGCCUCCAAACCUCCACCUCAACACUGGUCGUGUAGUUCGUGUACGCUACGGAACCCUUUAUCAGCGAGCCUGUGUUUGGCGUGCAAGACUCCUCCAGUACCACGGCACGGCGUGCCUGGGCCCUCCACUGAAACUAACCACACCGGUGGAGGCGCGCGCACGCGCAGCCCGUCCCCGCGGCGCAGCUCGCGCCACGCGCCGGCGCCGCGCCGGCAGAAGUCGCCGCCGCCGGACACCAAAACGGAGUCCUCAAGUUGGCCGUGCUCGGAGUGCACGUACGCGAACGUGUCCGGGGCGUUGGCCUGCGACAUGUGCCAGUCCCCGCGCGCGCGCCUGCUGCCCGCCGCGCCCAGCCAGGAGCUGGACGACGACGACCGCGAGGGCUCAGAUAGCGAACGUCAAGAAAGCACUCCGGUUGAAAUAUUAAGGUUAAGGGAAGAGAGCCACGCGUGGACGCAGUGGCAAGAAGUACUCGCUCAGUGUGCCGCUACGGGCGAGCCAUACGUGGACGAGUCCUUCCCCGCGCACCCCCGCUCCCUCUACUACAACGGCAGCGGCGAGAGCGGCGCGGCCGCGCGCUGGCUGCGUCCACACCAGAUACACGUGGACGGCUCCCACCGCCUGCCUUGGCGCGUGUACCGCGACCCGCGCCCCUCCGACAUCUCACAAGGUGUCCUAGGCAAUUGCUGGCUUCUAUCGGCGCUAGCGGUGUUAGCUGAGCGCGCAUCUCUAGUUCGAGGUGUCGUUGUUAGAGGCGAACCCAGCGUGGGAGCUUAUCAGCUACGACUAUGCAAGGAUGGACGGUGGUUGACUGUUACUGUCGACGACCUACUGCCGUGCAAUAAGAAAGGACACCUUGUUUACUCUCAGGCUAAAAGAAAACAACUGUGGGUGCCUCUUAUAGAAAAGGCAGUUGCCAAACUACAUGGAUGCUAUGAAGCUCUGGUUUCAGGAAGAGCAAUCGAAGGUCUAUGCACAUUGACGGGGGCGCCAUGCGAGUCGGUCUCCCUACAAGCGGGCGGAGCGGGCGGCGCCGGUGGCGGAGCACCCCUCGAGCAGCUGGACCGGGACCUGGUGUGGGCGCAGCUGCUGUCCUCGCGCCAGGCCAGCUUCCUCAUGGGCGCCAGCUGCGGCGGCGGCAACAUGAAGGUCGACGAAGAAGAAUACCAACGUCUCGGCCUCCGACCCCGCCACGCCUACAGCGUUCUCGACGUGGUCGAGGUCGCGGGCCCCAUCCGUCUGCUCCGGCUGCGGAACCCCUGGGGUCACUACACGUGGCGCGGUGCGUGGGCCGGGAACUGCCCACGGUGGACCCCUGAGAUGAGGAGAGCCGUGCGAGCGAGCGCUCCCAGCGACCCACAUCAUGAUCAAGCUGUGUUCUGGAUUAGCUUUGAGGAUGUCCUCAAAUACUUCGACUGCAUCGACAUCUGUAAAGUCCGCGUAGGAUGGCACGAAGUCAGAUUAGCCGGAGUACUACCACCCAUGUCUUCUACUCGCCACCUUACGUGUCUGCUGCUCACCGCCACCCAACCUACUGAGGUGGACUUCACUUUAUUUCAAGAGGGGCAGAGGAACUCUGCUAAAAGCCAGCGUUCCCAAUUGGACUUGUGCGUCGUCGUGUUCCGGACGAAAUCGGGACCGAACGCUCAAGUCGGAAAACUGGUCGCACAUAGCAAAAGACAGGUCCGCGGCUUCGUCGGCUGCCACAAAAUGUUAGAGAAAGGCUUCUACCUAGUAGUGUGCCUCGCCUUCAACCACUGGCACACGGGGCUGUCGCCGUCGUCGCUGGGCGGCUGGCCGCGGCACGUGCUGGCCGCGCACUCCAGCAAGCCGCUGGGCGUGGAGCGGCCGCCGCUGCACGCGCACAUCCUGGCCGACGCCAUCAUCGGCCUCACGCUCGCGAGGGGGCAGCGCCACGAGGGCCGCCAGGGCAUGACGGCAUACUACCUCACCAAGGGCUGGGCAGGAUUAGUAGUCAUGGUCGAGAACCGGCACACGGACAAGUGGAUCCACGUGAAAUGCGACUGCCAGGAGAGCUACAACGUCGUUUCUACGCGGGGAGAGCUUAAAACUAUCGACUCCGUCCCGCCUCUUCACAGACAAGUGAUAAUAGUGCUGACGCAGCUGGAGGGCAGCGGCGGGUUCAGCAUCGCGCACCGGCUCACGCACCGGCUGGCGGCGGGCGCGCGCCUGCAGGACUGGGCGCCGCCCGCCGACGCCGAGCCGCGCCACCGCCCGCCGCUGCCGCGCCGGCUGCACGGCUUACACGCUCCCCGGCUCAUCACCUAGUCAUACUCACAUCACUGCACAUCUCGCCGCUACUUUAUCCGAGGAAAUGUAUGAUCUUUCACUAUCAUAUCUGCAAUCGUGUAUAGACCUGGACUCGGCGGCGGGUUCAACAUUGCGCACCGCCUCACGCACAGUUGGCCGCUGCCGCGCCGCCUGCACGGCCUGCACGCACCGUCAUCACCUAGCUCAGGGGUCUUGCGGCUCUUUUCUUCACCCAUAAAAUUAACCCUUGAGAGUUUUACACCACUCAAAACGACUUUUGCGGCUCUUUAAGCUUCCUUAAACUGGUGAUUUCUACUGCAGUUGGCUCUUCUUCUCAAUAGUUUGCCGACCCGACCGACUUUUGCUCCUCCGCUUUCUUUACAAGGAGUUUUGGCUCUCCCGGUUUCUUUCCGCGGGCCAAAAGUGAUCGCUCGAGCCCGCAGUUUGGAACCCUGACUAAACCCCUUGUUCGUUAAACUGUACAAGCCUCAAUUAGUUAAUUUAUGUUUUAUCCCUUUCAUAAGUCAAAGUUACGGACAUUUCAUAGCUAAUUCAGGCUUGUAGUGCGUUUAUGAAUAGAGCCAUUAAACUGUAACUCAACCUUAGAUAACAAAAACGGAUCACUUACAGUUCUAAUACUAGAAUUGUGGAUUCGGGGACUGAGAAAGCGGUAGGUUUAGUGAUUGAGCGUAGGAGUGAACUUUCACUCGAUUCGCUUAAUUUAUUUUUGUGCGCAAAAUUCGAGUUCACGCCUUAAACUCUCAAGAGGGGGCCUAGCCAACAUGACAAUAUAAAAAAAUGGGAUGGGAUGACAGAAUGCUACGAAAAGUCACGUGACUAUUACCGUACAUAAUAUAGUCGACGCGUAUACAACAUCAAAUUAUACACAAGACAUGCUGACUUAACUCAAGCGGCAGUUCAACAUUACAUGGGGCAAAUGAAACUAUUUGCCCCAGAGACCAACUUUCCUUAAAUAAUAAUUCUUAAACCCUUUGAACUUCACUUCUAUUAAAUAAAACACGUCAUCGUAAAUGUUAUUGGAAUGCUAAGAAGAAAGAAUGCUUUAUUACACUGUAACCGUGCGUUGACGUCUUUGGCGGGCAAAGGGUUAAAAAUGAGGUUGACGAGAUAUAACGGCGAAUGUAAUACAUACUUAGUAUAGAAAACUUUGGUUACUAACGCUGCCUUAAUGCAUUGCUGCAAAAUCAGACAUUGAUCUAAUAUCGUGCAAUAAGUUAUUAUUGGUAUGAUUUUGUUAAAUUAUUAAUACUCACAGUAUCCAAUAGUUUUAUUUAAUUCUUAUUUCUCAUGGUGGGGCGUCACAAAAUCGUUUAUCCAGAUUCAUGACGUGCCUAGUACGUCAAUAUAUUGACGUCAUGUACCUGGGUAUAUUGUGUGAGCCUUAUUUAAAGGGCAUGAAAAUAUAUUAUGAAGAUCCAAUAGGCAUCCAAUUGGGUUAAAAAAUACUGGCCGAAUUUAGGCAAAAAGUAAGAUCCGUAGGGACAGGGACGGAUAACAGUAAGUGACAUCAGUAUUUCAAUUGAACUCGCUGUUCAUUACGCGAGAACAAACGUAUACAAUUAAAUGAGUUUUCGAAUGUGACUUAUGAUUUUUAUGCUUGGUAGGAGAGAAGUUGCCUUAUUGUCUUAGUUUAACCUUUCGAACGCUACGCCUAUCCUGAACCUUUUUGCAAUGCACGAAGGUUGAUAUUGGGCUGUAGCCGCGCAGGUCAGUUUACGUCUUGGGCGGUCAAAGGGUUUUUUUUUCUGUGCUCCAACAUGAUCGGAGACUGCCUAGCUAGGUUUUCAUUCAUACCAGGCGGUCAAAAGGAUAAGCACCGGUAUGGUCGGAUCUUUAUUGUCUAGUUUUUGUUUUACAAUAACCGUUUUAUUGUAGUAUAAAAAUCACAUUGGGAUGACAAGAGCAUGGCUUGCAAAUAAGACAAAAUGAAAAAGUUUGAAAAAUAUCAAAUUUAAUUUCUCGUUAAUAUAUAAAUAACUUGAAAGAAACGCACGAGUCUUCUUUUGAACGGUACACUUUUAUGCCGUAUUUAUAACGUAUAAUCGUAAGCUAUUAAUUUAUAGUACAUGUAGGUAUAGUUGAUCAUUAUUGUAUAAAUAACAUCUGUACUAAAUUAAAUCAUUUUUAAUAUAUAAAUAUAGAGGAUGUAUGUAGUUUUUCAAUGACAUGAUUCGCUUCAUUGAGGCUAACAUGGUUUAUUUUUUAAGACUAUUUGGAAUAAUUUUAGCGUGAACUCAGCAGCAAAAAUACGUGCUUUAUAUUUAAACUUUAUUUUUAAUAUUUCCUGGAUGUUACGGCCAGAAUAAAUGCGCACAGCUCAACGUAGAUUUUGCUGCUAUCUUUUAUAUGGCAACUUCCGUGAGUUUUAAACGCAGAUUUUAAGUUUUAGAUUAUUUUCUUGUAUAUGGGUCCACAAGAACUAACACCAUAGACCCAGAUCUGUAGAACUGUGUCCUAUGUAUAAUUUGAUUGCAAAUUCUUGUAAUGGCUGAAAAGUGGUGUCGUUGCCCCAGCCAACCCCUUGAAUUUCGCCAUUACGAGUAGGUACAAUUAUCAUACAUUGUCCGUCAAAAAUUACACCCUUUUCACAAAUCAGAAGUCAAUCUGCCGUCUUAUAAUUAUAUAUACGACACAAUUCUACAGAUCCUGGUCUACCAAACCUUGUUUUACUUACGAAAAGGUCAGACUGCACAUUAUUUUAUUUUAAAUUAAUAUUUACUCUUUUAGACAUAAAACGUACGCGAAACAUAUUUUUGCUACCGAAACUAUGUUUUAUUUUGUUUGUAGCUAUAGCUAUGUCAUCUAAUAGUGUUUUAAAGCUUCGAUGAAAAGCGUGUGAUGCUUAUUGUAAUCUAAUAAUUAAUAAUAUUAAUUUUGCAAAGAUGUGUAAUUGAUAUUUGAUCGCGUUUCUAAAGGAAGCACCGCCAACUUUAUAUAAUCGUAUCGGUAGUGUGUAGUGUACUUUAUGAACACUGAAAAUUAUUAAUUUACUUAGAUUUCCUCUUAACGCCCACGGUCCUGCCUGUAGUACUAAUUACUAAUUGUAUUUAAACCAUUUUCAAUUGUAUUUGUUUUGUUUCGUUUGAUUUCAUAAUAAAAUAAAUUGAACAGUUUUCCUUUACUAUUGAUUUCAAGUUUAACUACCAAUUUUGUUGUAUGGUAGGCCUUAGGAGGACAUCAAUAUUCAGUGUUCGUUUAUUAUCCCAUAUUUUCAGAAAUACGCGGGAUUUACAUUACGAAAUUAGUGGCGUGAAAUUGAUAUCGUGACAGUAGUUUUACCAACAGUUUAACGUGUAAUUUAAUAUUUUCGUAAUGGAUGCAUUAUUUCAUGAAAGCAAAUCAAUUUCGUGCCCUGCACGAUUUUUUUUGUGAAAUUAGUGUCAUGCAACUAAUUUCGAAGUGUAAAACGGGAUUUAGAUACAUUAUGAAAUUAGUGGCAUGAAAUUGAUUUCGUGACAGUAGUUUUACCAACAGUUUCACGUGACAUUUAAUAUUUUCGUAAUGCAUGCAUUAUUUUCAUGAAAGCAAAUCAAUUUCGUGCCCUGCGCGUUUUUUAGUGAAAUUAAUGUCAUGCAACUAAUUCCGAAGUGUAAAUGCGACGUGAAAAAUUAGUGUCGCGAAAGUGCCUGCGCUGUGCGGACGUGUAGCUUCGAUGCUGAUGGGACCGUGGUCACUGCGAUACACGACACUAAUUAUUUCACGAAAUUAUUUUCGCAUAUAUCGAAACUACUUUCGUGAAACUGAUUUCAGCAUGCGUGACACUAAUUUCGUAAUGUAAAUCCCGCUUUAGAUAUGGCCGCUAGCUGGCGCGGUUGUACAGUCGAAGGCAAAAAUAUCGAUCCCGACAAAUGGCUCAAAAAUAUGUCAACACGACUUUAUUGUCUAAGGUGUAAGAGCGUAUACAUAUUUUUGAAAAUUUUGUGAAUGCAUAUAUAUUUAUGCCCUUGACUGUACGGAGCGGCGGGAGCGGUUGAGCGGGUUAACAAAAAAUAGUAUAAGCAACGCUAACUGGCGCGCACGCGUGGGACGGAUUUUACCUACAAUGGCACCCGCGUGCGUGUGCCCGCUCCGUGCACUCGCGCUAGCUAGCGGACGCCUUUAAUCUUAAUACUCUUAAUCAUUGUGUGUAUACACUCUAGUGGUUUCCGGGCUUCUUAUCGGAGCUUUAACACCCGCCAAGUGUCGUGACUUUACACAAAAUGCACGAAGGCUUAUAACAUACAUUGUCAUUGUGUUGAUAUCCACCGAUAUUGUAAGGAAAUUUGUAACAAAUUAUAUGUAAAUAAAUAGUUUUACUGCUUAAAGUAAUGUAGAAUGUAAAGUAUUUAUUAUUGAUUUUAAAUUAAUAUAUACACUUUUGUGCAAUCACGUAAAGACAUUUUUAAAUAUGAUCUUUUGAAAACUGUGUUUUCAUUCCAUUAAUACUCAUAAUUUUAUUUGGAUUAAGUGUUAAUUUGUGAUUUUCAAGUGAUGAUUCUUUCUUGCCAUUAUGUUUGACAACGAUUAAAUAUUGUUUUUUUAUAUAUUUAUGGCCUACAUGUAAUUUGUGCAAUAUAUUUAAGUAUAACUAACACGAAUGCAAAGUUGGAAAAUAAAUAAUUUCAUGUUUAUUUUUGUUGUAAAAAACUUAAACUGACAUUCAUGGCAACCUGAUUUUCUUUUCCACCGACGAACUUAUAAACGCAGUUGGCUGUAUAAAGAAACCCAGAUCACACUAUGUAGAACUACAUAUUUAAAUCCAAACAUGAUCCAUGACGCGCGUCAAAAAGAUUCCUAAAAUAGAUCAUGGUCUGAUGAUCUAAUCAUGCUCGAUACAAAUGGUUCAUUCAGCAACAGAAGUAGGUGCCUAGCUGAGUCUAGGUUAAGGUGUUCAAAACUACACUUAAGCCUCCUAUGGCUCAUAUAGCUAAUUAAGUCUGAUGAAAUUGUUUUACAAUCAAUAACAUUUUGUUACUAACACAGAUGUGAUAAAUGUUCGCUAAUUCAUGAACAAAUAAUAUUAAACUGCUGUUCGAGCGCUGAUUGUAUAUGCCUAUGCGUUAAAGUAGAUAUAGAAAACGUAAUAGACUUUUCGAAACCAUUUGUAAUACGUGGACACUUUAGUUCGAUAAUUUGGUCAAACUAUUUUAGAACCUAAUUACAAUGUAAAGUAGAUUUUCACUUAGGCAUUUUGGCGAGUUGCGACGUUCCUCUUGUAUAAAAUUACACUUCGUUUUGUAUCAAUAUUGAACCUUGCCACGUUGUUUAUAAGAUGCAUAAUCGUUCAUAGCACUUGUCGUCAGAUGGAUUUUGUAAUAAACAAUGUGUCGAAUAUUUGAGAUCUUGUAAUUAUAAGAUUGUUUUACUGAUGCGUGCCAUACUCUGGUACGAUCUGUUCCUUACUUCUGAAGUUUUACAGGUUUUUUUUAUAAAAUAAUGCAGGUUGCAUUAAAAAAAUAACCUAUAUUUUUUUCUUAAAAAUAAAAUUGUGUAAGCAACAUCAGCCUCGUUAUUCCUAAGUACAAAUUUAAUUAGGUAUCUCUCAUAUUUUCUGAUUUUCCUUCGCUGCCUCAUUUGAAUGUAUACCCUGUGCCCACCGCAUUGCCUACAAAACUCGCGAGUUAAAUACUCGUUCGAGGCGGCGAAUUUUCCGUUUUUAUUUAAUAAAAAGUUUGAUGAAAAUUGUGCCGGGUACAAAUAAAUAUUUUGGUAAACAAUUUACGAGUAGCAAGACCUUGGUUGACAUCGUACACGGCGCAAAGCGUCACAUUAUAUGCGCACGCAGUAACAUUUCUAUAAAACUACAACUAUAAAACAAACGACUUGAAAGACUAAUUAUUAUAUAAUUUAUAACAAUUAUUAUUAUAAUGUUCGUCCUUUACAUUAUUAUUACGAGCCUAUUGUGUCCCACUGCUAUAUUAUAUAAACAAUUAUUAUAUAAACUAUAAACAAAUAAUUUUACAGUUUAGACUCACUUGUUUUUAGUCACUCGCGCGACAUGUUACCCUUAAUACUACACCGCGCCGCGCGCCGCAGUACGCGAUACACGGCCGUCGUGAACGCUGCUCGCACUGUUAGUGCUUGAGAAAGGAGACCUAGGCUCUCCGAAACAUGUCGUGCGAGUGACUAAAACAAAGUAUCUAUACCGUAAAAUUAUUUAAUGUUAGUAUGUCCAAGUAUGUCUCACAACACUUUAAAUUCGAGUAGAAAAACUGGUUUUUAGCUGACGCCUCACUUGGCGUGGCCGUAGAGCGUCAACCAGAGACCAAGUAAAAACUGAGGAAUAAGGAACAGAACGCCAAACUCAAUGUAUUUUGAUAUAACAUUAGUUACUGAAGUUGUUUUGUAGAAGAGCGCUUGUUUAAGUGUUAGGAUAUAUGAAUGCAUGUUAUAUUUAUGAUAUGUUAGGGUAAGGAAAUAAAUUUAUUAUUUAAA